AAUUCCCGGCUGGCCGCCGGAACCGAGCGGAUGCCAUGGAGUAAGACCCAGGCGAGGUCUGAGAGCCAUUGGAACUACCACAGCCACCAUGGGGCCCUGGGGAGAGCCAGAGCUCCUGGUGUGGCACCCAGAGGCAGUAGCCUCAGAGCCUCCAGUGCCAGUAGGACUGGAGGUGAAGUUGGGAGCUCUGGUGCUGCUGCUGGUGCUCACUCUUGUUUGCAGUCUAGUGCCCAUCUGUGUGCUGCGCCGGCCUGGGGCCAACCCUGAGGCCUCAGCCUCCCGCCAGAAAGCCCUGAGCCUAGUAAGCUGCUUCGCAGGGGGUGUUUUUCUGGCCACUUGUCUCCUGGACCUGCUGCCUGACUACCUGGCUGCCAUAGAUGAGGCCCUGGCAGCCCUGCAUGUGACGCUCCAGUUUCCCUUACAAGAGUUCAUCCUGGCCAUGGGCUUCUUUCUAGUCCUGGUGAUGGAGCAGAUCACACUAGCUUACAAGGAGCAGUCGGGGCCACCGCCUCGUGAGGAGACGAGGGCUUUGCUGGGAACAUCGAAUGGUGGGCCGCAGCACUGGCAUGAUGGGCCAGGGGUCCCACAGGCAAGCGGAGCCCCAGCAACACCCUCCGCCCUGCGUGCCUGUGUACUGGUCUUCUCCCUUGCCCUUCACUCUGUUUUUGAGGGGCUGGCAGUGGGGCUUCAGCGAGACCGGGCACGGGCCAUGGAGCUGUGCCUGGCUUUGCUGCUCCACAAAGGUAUUUUGGCAGUCAGCUUGUCCCUGAGGCUGUUGCAGAGCCGCCUGAGAGCACAGGUGGUAGCUGGCUGUGGGAUCCUCUUCUCAUGCAUGACACCACUGGGCAUUGGGCUGGGUGCAGCUCUGGCAGAGUCAGCUGGGCCACUGCAUCAACUGGCCCAGUCUGUGCUGGAAGGCAUGGCAGCUGGCACCUUUCUUUAUAUCACCUUCCUGGAAAUUCUGCCCCAGGAGCUGGCCACUUCCGAGCAGAGGAUCCUCAAGGUCAUUCUGCUCCUGGCAGGCUUUGCCCUACUCACUGGCCUGCUCUUCAUCCGAAUCUAGGGGCCUUCAAAAAGGAAGGGGGAAGGUUGGAUAAUGACCUCCCACCCCUCUCCCAGUGUGUGGGGAAUAGGAAGGAGUAGGGAAGGGCAGUAUUAAGGACCAAAGAGCUUGCUGGGAGGUAGGGAUGGAAACUUUGGGACUAUCUGACCAAUGAAAGUGAAGUGAGCAGACAAGAACCUGACUUCCAGGCCCAAGGGAUGGUCAAGUCACUAGACAUGUUCAAGGCACAUUAAUAUGGGGGACUACUAGAAUUAGGGGUCAGACACUACAUAUAGGCACAAGCUGACGCUUGGAGGCUGGAGGUGGGCACCCAGCUCCUGUGGGAUAGUGGUGUAGAGAGUGCAUAGGCCUGGAAGCAGCUGUCCAGUUGGUUCUAGCCUGUCAGCCACCUACCCCUUGGAGUGGCCCCCUCCUGUUUUUCUUGGCUCCUUUUCUUAUGUAUCUCCCUCUUUUAUUAUCAGAGGGGACUAGUACCAAAUGGGCUCUUCUUGCCAGUUUUGGUACUUUCUCUGGCUUUUUCAAAGUUCCUGCUCACUUCUCGAUUUUUAAGUGCCAAAUAUAUCUCCCUCUUUCUCAAAGCACAGUGAUGGCACUGAGCCCUGCCCUGCCCUUCAGUGGAAGGUGCCUGCUUGCUCUCUGUUUGGGUCCCACAUCCCAGGGUGGGGCAAAAAUGCUUGCUGGGGUGGGAUGGAGGAGGAUUAAGGUAAAGGCCCCUUCCACUGCUGCAUCCCAGAGAUAGGGAAAAUGGACAUGGUGCCCCAUGUUCAGAUGAUAAAACACUGAGCUGCCAAAACCUUUUUAUACCAGAGGAGCCCAAGGGGGAAGGGGAAGGUUCAUGCCCCCAGGGUUAUUUUUGGGGAGGGUGGGCUGUAUAUAGGGCCAUAUUCUCUAGAAUCUAUUUUACUAACCGACUCCUUUUGGGACAUGUCACCCAAA